CGCCUCUCUUGUGCAGCCCCCCUCAAGAAGAGCUUUUCAUGGAAGAAAACCUUGGAAUUUCUUAACGGUGAAGGACCUGCAUUUUACCAGUGAAGUGGAUAAAUCGCACCUAGCUGCUUUCUCUUUGAGUUGUUUUUUUUUCAUCUGGUGUGUAACUUAAACAGGAAAGCAAACAUCAGUGGAAGAGCGACGGUGCAUGUUCUGGACAUGGAGUAGAUUUGUCACUGUGGUUUUGUGCAAACACGUCUCCAGUGCGCCCGGUUUAACUUUUAUUUCUUUACAAACUGGCGAGCACGACUCUUCUGCUUUCACACCGCGGAGUUGUUUUUUCUCGGAGCGCGGAGACUCGUGUUUUUCCCCUUUCAGAGAGACUGCUUAAACUUUCUACGUUUAAAAUAAUAAAUAAAAAGAUCGGAUUGCAUUUUCCCCCUUCAAACAUUUUGGAGGUGAUGUCAUCGUGCUGUGUUUCGGCUGGUAUUGUGUCGACAGGGCGCAAGGAGUACUGCUGCAACCACGCAGUAAACAGCGGCUGAGGCGAGCAGGGAAGUCCGGAAAAUCAGGUGCAAAGUGCGGCUGUUAUUUCCUCGCUGUGUCGCGGGUGGCUGAGUCCGCCACCCAGUCACAGCUGUUCCCAUCCUCUCCAGCCACCCCUCCCUCUCUCGUUUUUCUCUCCCAUUUAUGAUCCCCACCCAUUCUCAUUCAGUACUCUCCAUACAACCCUCUGAGCUGGACCGCUCCGGGACCCUAUCGCCACCUCUGUCGAACACUGUUGGUCGGUGCCACCUGAGCCACAGACCCGUUGAGCCAGCGUUGGGCCGCAGUCAUGAGCGAGGCUGCCCUGCAUUACCCUGCGCCCGCAGAGCGCCCGUCUCCAGAUCACUGUUUGCUCCAUCAGCCAGCUCAGGUAGCCCACCUCCACCAGCCCCUGACCCCGCUCUGCUGGAACUAAAUCUGCCUCCUGCUCCUGUCUGUGCCUGAACAUAAACUCCACCACUGUGUCUUACCAUAUCAUUUAUAACAAAUUAAUUGAUGGAGAGCAGAAGCUUGCUGCUGCGCUGAAGCGUUACGCAUUGGAUUGCGCAGAAGAUUACGCACGCAAGGCAGCUGUCCACAGGGCCGAGCAUCCCUCUGAGGGCCAGCAAGGUCAGCUGGAGUUGGCUAUCAACUCCACGCGCUUUCACCUGUUCAUCUCCUUGCUGGGGACUUUAAAGCCCCAUCCUUCCUCCCCCGCCCACCCGCCUCUCCACACAGGUCUGGUCAGCUGUUAGAGGUUUCCCGACGGUCACAGUGGCACGGCUACCCCGCCCUCACAUCCCACUUUGCCUGCGCCCGCACAUUUACCCACGCCAGCGGAACCGGGGCACACCGCCGCCGAUGCCAACGGGAGUGUCCACUGACUCUUUGACUCUGCAAAACAUCAACCGGAAUAAAAACGCAGAGGGGAACUCUCCUGACUGUCGGACUGGCUCAGACCGAGCGAGGAGACUGUCUCUGGGCCAAGUUCCAUAGUGGAGGGGGGAAGCGAUGUGGUCCCUUCUUUCCACGCUGACCGUCUUAUGUAUCCAGAUGUUGCUGGUGAUGUGCAAUCCAUUACAGCAGGUACUUGGUGUGGAUGGGGUCAACUUCAGCGUGCAUGUGGAGAACCAGACACAGGUACGAGACACCAUGAGUCGGCGACACCACCGGGUCUACCAGCUCUACAGCCGCACUAGUGGAAAACAUGUCCAGGUGCUGGGACGCAGAAUCAGCGCCCGAGGAGAAGAUGGGGACAAAUAUGCCCAGCUCGUAGUGGAGGCUGAUACCUUCGGUAGCCAGGUGAGAAUCCGGGGCAAAGAAACAAACUUCUACCUGUGCAUGAACCGCCGUGGCAAGCUCGUAGGAAAGAAGGCCAGCAAUCGAAGUGCCGACUGUGUCUUUGUGGAAAAGGUUCUGGAAAACCACUACACAGCUCUGAUGUCAGCGCGCUACACAGGCUGGUAUGUUGGCUUCACUAAAAGAGGCCGCCCUCGCCGCGGCCCACACACCCUCCCCAACCAGCAGGACGUACACUUCAUGAAGCGCUUCCCGCCUGGGGAGCAGCCUGACCUCACUACCCCCUUUCGCUUCACCACCAUCAGCAAGCGGGGCAAGAGGGUGCGCGCUACAGGGCCUCGCUAGCAGUUGCUAAUGCUGGCACCCACUGUCCUGUCAUUCAAAGCCUCAACCUGAGUCUGCUUGUCAUGUCAUGCCUUUGUUGGGACUAACAUUGACAAGAAACUUGAUGAAUCAUUCAUGGGGUUUAGUUUCACACCUACUUAAUUGCCACUACAGCCCCAAACUUAUUGAUCCUUUCUCUCAGUUUUAUUUUCCUUCCUGGACAGACUGGACUUUUCCUGGUCCAUCACUGGAAGCUCUGUGGAUUUGGAAUGUUUUAUAGGCCAGAAACACUAUCAGGAAACAUGAAGGGCAGCCAGAGUCCUAGUCCCCACAAAGGCCUUUACUCAACAACCACAAGAACAGCAAGGCCUUCAUGUCUCCUGUUCCUGGACCAACUGGACAAUGUUAAGUGUGGGAUUACAACUGGACCAUGCAGAGAGAACAAGGGUGAGAGAGACUGACUGGACAAGACAGUGGAUGUUUAGCUUAUGGACAAAGGGAAAACAGGAGGGAGAAGACAGAAAAACAGCAGAGGGGACAAAGGGAUAGAGCACUCUGCACAAAUCAAACGGACCAAUAAUGGAUUGUUGACAUGUGACGCACUUAUUUGUUUCACUGCUAAAUCAGUGGGAACCUGUGAGACUGUUAGACGAAUGAUAAAAGGAUGAAUGAGGGAACGGUCGAAUUAGGGGCUUACUGAAUAAAUGUAUGUUUGGAAGAAGAAGAAGAAGGAGAGGGAAUGCAUGUUAGAGUGUGUGUUUGCGUGUGUGUGUGUGAGUGAGUGCACCAACAACCAUGAGUGAAGCUGGAUCAUGAGGGACUCUGGAAAGGGACCAUCCAGUCCCUGCAUGAACCCGUGACAACUCACCGCAGGGACUGAAGGUUAAAGAACUCGAAUGUAUAAAAACCAAGCUGCACCAAAAACAGCCAUCCAGUCACAGCAAACCAAACCAACAAUGACCAAAGACAACUGGAGACCUUCUUCAUGACUCCUGCCCUCGCCCAAGCCCCCGGAGGACACUUCACCUUCAGCUUAUAGGUGCAGAGGGUGACAAGCACAGGGGCGAGCACGGCGGGGAGGGUGCCUUGUCGAUUAGCAUUGCUAUAGAAACGACCCAGGGGAUGAUGCUCCUGUGCGAUACCAUGGAUACAGAAUGCUGCUACCAGGACAUUCAGUGGAACAAACCAAAGACUCAUGCAUACACACAGGAGACAAAUAUUAAAGGGAACAAUUUAUUGAAAGUUAUAUAUAUUAUAUAUAUAAAAGAAGACAGAAACCCUAAAUAAGCAAUCUUAUUAUGAUGGUUACUAUAAUUAUUAUGAUAAAAUUAUUUCAUUUAUUUAUUUCAGCUCUGUGUGCAGCAGUCUUUCUUGACUCAGUAAAUCUUACAGAAACAUUUCCCGU